AUGAGUCUUGUUGAAAGUACGGAACCUAACGAGGUUCCUUCACCCGCCGUGAUCGAGACCGACGACGAGGGAAACCUCAUCAAGACAAACGGCCACUCCAACGGCUACUUCUCCAACGGCCACCACCCAACGUCCAACGGCAACGGUGCUGUUACUCCUUCCUUCAUCGACAGCAUGGCUCACCUCUCGGUCGUCCGCGCCCGAGACGACUCGGACGCCGCCUCGGUCAAGUCCACGAGCUCCCGCGCCUCCCGGAGACCUCCCCUGCAGCUGGCCAGCUACCAGGACGAGUUCACCACCAGCGUCUACGGAUCCCGCUUUGCGGGCAUGGACCUGCCCCGGCAUCAUAUGCCAGAGUGCGAGAUGCCCCGCGAUAUCGCCUAUCGCAUGAUCAAGGACGAUCUGAGCCUCGACAACAACCCCAUGCUCAACCUUGCUUCUUUCGUCACCACUUACAUGGAAGAUGAAGCCGAGAAGCUCAUGUCAGAGUCCUUUUCCAAGAACUUUAUCGACUAUGAGGAGUACCCUCAGUCUGCCGACAUCCAGAACCGAUGUGUCAACAUGAUUGGUGACCUCUUCCACGCCCCCCCAGGCACCUCUGUCGGCACAUCCACCGUCGGCUCUUCAGAAGCCAUCAUGCUGGGCGUCCUGGCCAUGAAGAAGCGCUGGAAGAACCGCAGAAUCGCCGAGGGCAAGAGCACUGAGCACCCCAACAUCGUCAUGUCUUCUGCCGUCCAGGUCUGCUGGGAAAAGGCCACUCGGUACUUUGAGAUUGAGGAGAAGCUCGUCUACUGCACACCCGAGCGCUUCGUCAUGGACCCUGAUGAGGCUGUUGACCUGUGCGAUGAGAACACCAUCGGCAUGUGCUGUAUCCUCGGUACCACUUACACUGGUGAGUACGAGGACAUCAAGGCCAUCAACGACCUCCUCGUCGAGCGAAAUCUCGACGUCCCCAUCCACGUCGAUGCCGCUAGCGGUGGCUUUGUCGCUCCCUUCGUUGUCCCCGAUCUUGAGUGGGACUUCCGAUGUGAAAAGGUCAUCUCCAUCAACGUCUCUGGCCACAAGUACGGCCUCGUCUACCCCGGUGUUGGUUGGGUCAUCUGGCGAUCCCCCGACUACCUGCCCCAGGAGCUCGUCUUCAACAUCAACUACCUUGGUGCCGACCAGUCUUCCUUCACCCUCAACUUCUCCAAGGGUGCUUCACAGGUCAUUGGCCAGUACUACCAGCUCAUCCGUCUGGGUAAGCACGGUUACCGCGCCAUCAUGAGUAACCUGACCCGAACUGCCGACUACCUGACCGAGACACUCGAGAACCUCGGCUUCGUCAUCAUGUCAGAACGCUCGGGUGCCGGUCUUCCUCUCGUGGCCUUCCGCUUCCGAACUACAGAGGAGGGCGGUGACCCCGACCGCUACUACGACGAGUUCGCACUCGCUCACCACCUCCGUUCCCGAGGAUGGGUCGUCCCCGCCUACACCAUGGCUCCCAACUCGGGUGUCAAGAUGCUCCGUGUCGUUGUCCGUGAGGACUUCACAAAGACCCGUUGCGACUCUCUUAUCGCCGAUAUCAAGCUCUGCCACGGUCUUCUCAAGGAGACAGACCAAGAGUCCAUCCGCAAGAGGGAAGAGUACAUCAAGAACCACGUCAGCUCCAUGGGCCGGGGGAAGCACGGCCACCCUGUCUACACUAACGAGCAACAUUCGCUUCAGGGCAAGACUGGCAAGACCCAUGCUAUUUGCUAG